AUGGAUCCCGACCAAUGCGACUUUCCUCCCAUGAAGGAUUUGACUGCUGACAACAUCACGGACAACGUUAAUAUUGUCAAUAGUGGAGCUAAAAAUCCUCGUUUACGAUAUUUAACUGAGGCUAUUGUUCGUCAUUUACAUGACUUUGCACGCGAGACAAGAUUGAGUAUGGCAGAAUGGGAAUACGCAGUAGACUUCUUAGCUGCAUGUGGUCAGAAAUGCUCUCCAACAAGACAGGAGUUUGUUCUUUUGUCCGAUGUCAUUGGCCUCUCGCUUCUCGUGGACUCUAUUGAUCAUCCCAAGCCUGACGGUGCAACUGAAGGCACAGUGCUCGGCCCUUUUCAUACCCACGAUGCACAUCACAUGUCCAAUGGAGAUGACAUUGGGACUGAUCCCGAUGGCAUCCCAAUGCUAGUUCACUGCACUGUCAAAGAUCUCCACGGCAAGCCGGUGCAGAACAUGCAAGUGGAUGUUUGGGAAUCAGACUCCAAGGGUUUCUACGACGUGCAGUACAAAAAUCGAGAGAACCCACAUGGCCGUGCAGUGCUGAAAACUGAUGCAAACGGCCAAGUCUGGUUCAAGGCUAUUGUCCCCGUUGCAUAUCCUGUUCCAACGGAUGGCCCUGUUGGUGACUUUCUUAGAGCUAUGGGCCGCCAUCCAUACCGACCAGCCCACGUUCACUUCAUGUUUGAUAAACCAGGAUACGAUCAUCUCAUCACAGCUCUCACAAUACGGGGUGAUCGCUUCGAGUCGCAUGAUCCUGUCUUUGGGGUUAAGAAAUCGCUGAUUGUCGACGUCGAACAAGUCACUUCUGACUCUAUGGCGGAAAAGUGCGGUGUCCCCUUAGGAAUGAAACUAUUAGAACAUGAAUUUGUGGUGGUAACGAAUGCUGAAGCUACCAAGCUCCGAAGAGAGAAAGCUCAAGAAAUUAUGGGACACGGAGGCAGAAAGAUUGACUUUUACAAUGACUUGCCAUUUCUGGCAGUUGACUGA